AUGUAAUGUAAACAUAAACAAACUUCCCUACGGUGACUUCGGCCGACGGCCGCCGUGUGCCUGCCUUUCUGGGUGCAGCAGCUCUCUCUGCUCCUCCACGUCCUCUGCACCACAUCUCGCUUAUUUAUAUGACGUUAGCGUUCUAUAUUCCAAGAAUAGGAAUGAAUUUUUAUUAAGAUAACUGAAGGAGGGAAUAUAUAUACGAGUGGGCGUUUACACAACUUCAUGCUCGAAACAAUAUUGUGUAAUAACCUUGGGUAAUACAAGAAAUACAGAACAAGUGUUAUACCAUAGUGGGGGUCAACAUAUUAACACACUCAUUACGUCACUAGGUUGCAGUCUUAAGUCCUAUGUGUAACCAAUCAUUGAGAAAGUAGGGAAUGCUAUAAAAGUUUAGUAAGACAGGAAUUGGGUUUUAGUCAUCCAGUGUUUGUGUAUCUGUGUGUGUGUAUCACAUAAUUCAUCACAUGAUGAAGUUUUGCUUUAUGAAAAUCAGAAAGAUUCAAUAAAGAAAAAAAUAGGUUCUGAUCUUUAUAUUUUUUGGUAAACAUUUAGAAAGGCGUCACUCUGACAUUACGUUGCAUGGAAUGCAUUAAUGGUUGUAUUUUAAUGCCUAGAAUACGAAAUGAGCACUCCAGACUGUCAGAAAAAAAUGUCAAGAUAUUGGGAAAAUCCCUAGAUUUAAGUAUUAUCUAAAUGCAAAGAUUUUUGUGUUCUACGCAUAUGCAACCAUUAGUACAUUCUAACUAAACCUAAACUAAGCUAAGAUCAAACAAAACUUAAUGCAGUGAUUUUUGUAUUCUAUAUACUUAUUUAUUAGCAUUAAUACUAGAUGAGUAAUUUUCUAGAGUGUAUAGAAGAAAACGGCCAUAUUAUCAAAUAACCUCUGCCUCUUCAUGCCUGGAAACCACGAGGAGGCUGCUCAAACCGUGCAUAAAGAGAUCGAGUGUCAGAAAAACUAACUAAUGGUGGUUCUUCAUGAACUUUGUCAGCCUCUUCACUUAUUUCAUGCUUAAUUUCAAAGUUUUCCUUGAUAUUAUAUUAGUAAUUGAUUAUAGAAUCAGAUGAAACCUCCUAGGCAUCUUACAAAUGCUUGUAACCUGCAGGAAGUAUUAUUUUUCACUGUAUUAAAGAGGCAUUUAGGAACUCUACUUGUCCUUGGCUAGGCUGCCACCAGCCACCCCCUGGAUAUCAUGCCCUCCCUCCCCCACCAACCACAGAAGUGGGUUCUUCAUUAGCCUUCGCUCAGCUGUUGACUUUAGAGUCUUUAUAGUUCCUUUUUUGCACCCCUGUUAUUUGAUGGAUUUCUAUUUCAUUUGUAGAUUGUAAAUUUGCACUGUAUAUAUGUUUAUUUCUUUGGUAAUUUUUAAGUAAUGGCUAGAAAAUUUGAUUGGCAGUGGCUGGCAGGGGCACUAACAACACCAACCCCAUUAUUAUGGAUUGGCUUUACUAUUGUUUCUAAGAACAUAUUCCAAUCUUAUAGCCAAGUAGCAGUGCACUGUAGCUCUUCCUUACUCAUGUUUAUGGCAAACUCUACCUAUGUAAAGUGAACAUGCUGCUGUGUACUGAAGAGGUUUGUAGUCAAACUAGAAUAUGGCGGGCUUCAUUUGAUAAUGUCCCCAUGGCAGCCAGAAGAAGGAUUCACCUGAUAUUUUCUGCUAAACCUAGUGUACAUCAACAUAUCUGACAUUGUUUAUGUAAAUGUAAAUCAUUUCAAUACAUGCAAAAUGCACUAAUUCUCUAGUGUUCAAAGUUUGUGUAAUUUUUAUGAGUAUCAACACAAUAAUGAGCAGGGAGAAAGAGAGGAGCACAUCUGCUAAUACCUUGACAAUAAGAGGUCUCUCUAGAAUCUUUACUGAGGAAAUGGAAAUGGGCAGACUGAUAAUCUGGCCAAAAGUGUCUUAGAAAGAUGUCUACUUUCCUGUGUUACACUCUUUUUCAUGUCAGUGAGACUGAUGGGAAACUCUAGUUAUACCUAUUUUUCUAUAUGGUUGCCUUUUUUAAUGUAUGGAGACAUGUGUCCUUUAUUCCCUAUGUCUCAAAUUACAUGAUGUAAUCUUAUUUGUAGUUUUGGUUUUAUGUGUUUAUUUGAUAUUUAUUAUCUAACCACAUCAUUUUAUUUUUGCAGAAUGUGCAGUGCCCUGCAUCAUGUGGAGAUCUGUGUAGGCGAGGAAAAUGAUCUGUUAAAUACAUUAAUUAAAAGCUUUAGUUUUACCUUGAUAGCAAGGCAUCUCACCCCACUGUCAACAAAGUGGGCACUGAAGCAUGGCUCUGCUGUGUUUGUCAUUACAAAGAGAAAAAAGGACAAGAAACAUCUUAACAAUGUGACUGAUGACGUCAGUGGCAAUUUUGACAAAGGAAAAAAACUUGUCAAUGGACAAACUAAUUUGUCUUCUGAGAGUCCUUUAAUUGUAAGCAAUGAUCUUUUCAAUGAUCUUGAACACUGGACAGUGUUUUGUUGUCAAGACCAGACAUCACAUGCCAUUGAUUCUGUAUUCAAUGUUGCCCUUGUGGUGAGAGAUGUGGAUGAAGUAACCAAAAGAGUGGAGACACAAGGAGGUCGUGUUCUGCGGAAGCCAACAAUUUUAAAAGAUUCCCAUGGGCAAGUCAAGUACUCAAUUGUAACUUCCUGCCUUGGUAAUGUUGUCCACACUCUGAUUGACAAGCAAAAUUAUUCUGGGGAAUUCCUUCCUGGAUUUCAAAGCUUUCAGAUUGACAAUAACAAAUCCUGUUCUUUAAACUCUAAAAGUGAUGGAGGGGAGCACACUACUGUAAAUGGACUCCAGCAACAACCAGUUACAAAUUAUUCAAAUAUCUGUUUAAAUGAUAACCUGAAUGGUGAGCCUUUGUUUACUCAUUUUGACCACAUAGCACUUGCUUGUGAGUCUGGGAAGUCAGAGGGACUGAUUGACUGGUAUCAGCACUGUUUUGGCAUGAAAAGAUUUGCAGCAAAUAGGGCUGACACCAGUAAAGAAGGUUUUGUGCUUGCUGAAAAUAUUGGCAUGCGAAUCAAGGCCAUGGAGUACUGGAGGUGUGCUGAAGUUGGCUUGACUGUACCCUCAGCUUCUGAAGAGGACUCUUCAUUAAAGAUAGUCUUAGCAGAACCUUUAGUUGGGUAUGAUAAGAGCCAAAUCAACACCUUCCUAUAUAACCACAAUGGCCCUGGGGUGCAGCACAUUGCCCUGCACACCCCAAACAUGGUAUCUAGUGUGAAACGUACAUCACAACAAGGAGUCACCUUUAGAAAAGCCCCUCCUGCAUAUUAUGAAGAGGGAAUAAGACUGGAGGACAUUAAAGCAGCAGGUCAUGGGAAUGAAAUUGAUCUGUUUCAAGAAUUAGGCAUCCUACUGGACAUAGAGGAUGAUGUCUUCUGUGACAAACAAGACUGCCAAGGGGAAAAAAAGUACCUACUACAAGUGUUUACAACUCCAAUCUUUCAAGAGGAUACCUUUUUCAUGGAGGUGAUCCAUCGUAAGGGAGCCGUAGGCUUUGGUGCUGGCAACAUCAGAGCACUUGCCCAAUCCAUUAUUUGUGAUAAGCAGCAGAAGAAAGCCAGACUUGCCCAGUCCAUCAUUCACAAUCAACAGUAAAAGAUUGAAGCCAAAAUAUGCUAGUGAAUGCUCUCAUAUGCUGUAUAUUGAAGAUUCAGACAAGUAGAACAUCAAAAAGGUGAUGUAGGAGGAUGCUGAGUCAGUGAUGAUGAAGAGAUUCCCAACUGAGACCAAGACAUCAUGAUCUAUAGAAAAGUAUUGUGAUAAUUUAAUGUACAUAUUUCAAAACAUUGUACAGUGUAACAUAAAAUGUGAUAUAUGAUAUUA